GGCCUGGACGCCGCCAUGGGGACACGCUCCGGGAGGAGGUCGCCGCCGCUGCUGCUGCUGCUGGCUGUGGCCCUCGUCGCCUCUCCAGCUGGGAGCUCGGCCCGGGGAUCCCCGGCCACCUUUGGGCCUGUCUUCGAAGACCAGCCGCUCAGUCUGCUGUUCCCAGAAGAGUCCACGGAGGAGAAGGUGACCUUGGCGUGCCGUGCCCGGGCCAGCCCUCCGGCCACCUACAGGUGGAAGAUGAACGGCACCGAGAUGAAGCUGGAGCCGGGCUCCCGCCACCAGCUGGUGGGCGGCAACCUGGUCAUCAUGAGCCCCACCAAGGCCCAGGACGCUGGCGUCUACCAGUGCCUGGCCUCCAACCCCGUGGGCACCGUGGUCAGCAGGGAGGCCGUCCUGCGCUUCGGCUUCCUGCAGGAAUUCUCCAAGGAGGAGCGGGACCCCGUGAAAACCCACGAGGGCUGGGGAGUGAUGCUGCCCUGUAACCCCCCUGCCCACUACCCAGGCCUGUCCUACCGCUGGCUCCUCAAUGAGUUCCCCAACUUCAUCCCGACGGACGGGCGGCACUUCGUGUCCCAGACCACGGGGAACCUGUACAUCGCCCGGACCAACGCCUCCGACCUGGGCAACUACUCCUGCCUGGCCACCAGCCACAUGGACUUCUCCACCAAGAGCGUCUUCAGCAAGUUUGCUCAGCUCAACCUGGCCGCUGAAGACCCCAGGCUCUUCGCGCCCAGCAUCAAGGCCCGCUUCCCAGCGGAGACGUACGCGCUGCUGGGGCAGCAGGUCACCCUGGAGUGCUUUGCCUUCGGGAACCCAGUCCCCAGGAUCAAGUGGCGCAAAGUGGAUGGCUCCUUGUCCCCGCAGUGGGCCACGGCCGAGCCCACCCUGCAGAUCCCCAGCGUCGGCUUCGAGGAUGAGGGCACUUACGAGUGUGAGGCGGAGAACUCCAAGGGCCGAGACAGCGUCCAGGGCCGCAUCAUCGUGCAGGCCCAGCCCGAGUGGCUCAAGGUGAUCUCGGAUAUGGAGGCCGACAUCGGGUCCAGCCUGCGUUGGGGCUGCGCGGCCGCCGGCAAGCCCCGGCCCACAGUGCGCUGGCUGCGGAAUGGGGAGCCUCUGGCCUCCCAGACCCGGGUGGAGGUGCUGGCCGGGGACCUGCGGUUCUCCAAGCUGAGCCUGGAGGACUCAGGCAUGUACCAGUGUGUGGCAGAGAACAAGCAUGGCACCAUCUACGCCAGCGCUGAGCUGGCCGUGCAAGCACUGGCCCCCGACUUCAGGCUGAAUCCCGUGAGGCGCCUGAUCCCUGCAGCCCGCGGGGGAGAGGUCAUGAUCCCCUGCCAGCCCCGGGCAGCCCCGAAGGCCGUGGUGCUCUGGAGCAAAGGCACUGAGAUCUUGGUCAACAGCAGCAGAGUGACAGUAACCCCGGACGGCACCUUGAUCCUAAGAAACAUCAGUCGGUCCGAUGAAGGCAAAUACACGUGCUUCGCUGAGAACUUCAUGGGCAAAGCCAACAGCACGGGCAUCCUGUCUGUGCGAGAUGCGACCAAGAUCACGCUGGCCCCCUCCAGUGCCGACAUCAACUUGGGCGACAACCUGACCCUGCAGUGCCAUGCCUCCCACGACCCCACCAUGGACCUCACCUUCAUCUGGGCCUUGGACGACUUCCCCAUCGACCCCGACAAGCCUGGGGGUCACUACCGGAGGGCCAGUGUGAAGGAGACGGUUGGAGACCUGACCAUCCUGAACGCCCAGCUGCGCCACGGCGGGAAGUACACCUGCACGGCCCAGACGGUGGUGGACAGCGCGUCCAAGGAGGCCACAGUCCUGGUCCGAGGUCCCCCGGGCCCCCCGGGAGGCAUGGUGGUAAGGGACAUCGGCGACACCACUGUCCAGCUCAGCUGGAGCCGUGGCUUUGACAACCACAGCCCCAUUGCCAAGUACACCCUGCAAGCUCGCACUCCGCCUGUGGGGAAGUGGAAGCAAGUUCGGACCAAUCCCGCCAACAUCGAGGGCAACGCGGAGACCGCCCAGGUGCUGGGCCUCACGCCCUGGAUGGACUAUGAGUUCCGGGUCAUAGCCAGCAACAUCCUGGGCACUGGGGAGCCCAGUGGGCCCUCCAGCAAAAUCCGGACCAAGGAAGCAGCCCCCUUCGUGGCACCCUCGGGGCUCAGCGGAGGUGGUGGAGCCCCUGGCGAGCUCAUUGUCAACUGGACGCCCAUGUCACGGGAGUACCAGAACGGAGACGGCUUCGGCUACCUGCUGUCCUUCCGCAGGCAGGGCAGCGCCGGCUGGCAGAGCGCGCGGGUGCCCGGCGCCGACGCCCAGUACUUCGUCUACAGCAACGAGAGCAUCCGGCCCUACACGCCCUUCGAGGUCAAGAUCCGCAGCUACAACCGCCGAGGGGAUGGGCCCGAGAGCCUCACUGCCCUCGUGUACUCGGCGGAGGAAGAGCCCAGGGUGGCCCCGACCAAGGUCUGGGCCAAGGGGGUCUCAGCCUCAGAGAUGAACGUGACCUGGGAAGCGGUGCCGCCGGACAUGAACGGGGUCCUCCUGGGCUACGAGAUCCGCUACUGGAAAGCUGGGGACAAAGAAGCAGCCGCUGACCGCGUGAGGACGGCAGGGCUGGACACCAGUGCCCGAGUCACUGACCUGCACCCCAACACCAAGUACCACGUGACCGUUCGGGCCUACAACCGGGCGGGCACUGGGCCUGCCAGCCCUUCUGCCAAUGCCACGACCAUGAAGCCCCCUCCGCGGCAACCCCCCGGCAACAUCUCCUGGACGUUCUCGAGCUCCAGUCUGAGCAUUAAGUGGGACCCUGUGGUCCCUCUCCGCAAUGAGUCUGCGGUCACCGGCUAUAAGAUGCUGUACCAGAAUGACCUACACCCGACUCCCACGCUCCACCUCACCAGCAAGAACUGGAUCGAAGUGGCCGUUCCCGAAGACAUCGGCUAUGCCCUGGUGCAGAUCCGGACCACGGGGCCUGGAGGGGACGGAACCCCGGCAGAAGUCCACAUCGUGAGGAAUGGAGACACAAGCAUGAUGGUGGAGAACUCGGCAGUCUGCCCGGCCCCGCGCCCCAGCACCAUCCUCUCCCACUCCGUGGCCAUGCUGGUCCUCAUAGGCCACCUGGAGCUCUGA